CCCUCCGGUCACGCGCCCGGCGUUAUACGCGUGUGUUUGUGUCACGUGACGCGGCGGCGCCGCCAUGCUGUCCCGGCUGCUGAAGGAGCACCAGGCCCGCCAGAGCGAGCGGCGCGAGCUGCAGGAGCGGCGCCGCCGGGACGCCAUCGCGGCCGCCACCCGCCUCACCGAGGCCCUGGUGGAUCACCUGAACGUGGGGGUGGCCCAGGCCUACGUGAACCAGCGCAAGCUGGACCAGGAGGUGAAGACGCUGCAGGUGCAGGCGGCUCAGUUCGCCCGCCAGACCGGCCAGUGGAUCGCCAUGGUGGAGAGCUUCAACCAGGCCCUCAAGGAGAUCGGCGACGUGGAGAACUGGGCCAGGAGCAUCGAGCUGGACAUGAGGACCAUCGCCACCGCCCUCGAGUACGUCUACAAGGGGCAGCUGCAGCCCUCCUGCUCCUGAGGGACCCCCCAAAACCCCCCCCGGGACCCCC